AUGCAGGACAGCGGCUACAUCUUCCCCGGCAGCUGCGCCCCCAACGCUCGGUCAAGCUCGACAUUGACACACUCUCCCCCCGCCUCCGCCAUCAGUGGCUGGACCCCAGCGGGCCGCCUCAGCGCCAUCUCGUCGCCGCACAAGAGCGGCACCGGCGGUUCGCCCAAUACUGUAUUGUCGCGCAAAUGCCCCUGCCCGCUCAGCCGACCGGCAGCAAGGGCCGGCGAGGGCAAGAGCAAGAGCACGAGCGCGGCCACGAAGCCGUCCAGCGGCAGCGAAGAAGACUUCCUCAUCUUGAUCGACGCUUCGCAUUGUUUGCUUGCGUUCAGCGGCGAGGGCCGACAUGCGCCGUCGGCCCAGUUCCCCGCGCCGGGCACGCCGGACUACGACGAGUUUCUUACGAUUUGGGACGACGUCCGCAGCUGCUCCUCCCUAUUGUACCUGCUCGACAAGCGGCGCUACAUCGACAUACUGCGCUCGCUCGUCGGCAUGUACCAGACGCCUGAGCUGCACGGCGCCUUCAUCCCCAACGGCCGCACCUAG